GGGCCUGCCCGGGCGCGUUAAGGAAGUUGCCGAAAAUGAGGAAGCGCCUCGCGCUGGGCGGCUGAGGCGACUCCAGCGGCCGGAGGAGCGAGGAGGAGCGGGCGGCCCCGCGCUGCGCCCCGAGCCGCCCCGGCCCCGCGCCCCGCGCCCCGCCCUCGGCUCACCUGGCACAGGAGGACCCCCGCGUGCGCCCGCGGCCCGUGGCGGGGAGGCGCCGGCAUGGCGGGAGGCGUGGCGGCCGACAACGCCAACCACCUGCCCUUCUUCUUUGGCAACAUCACCCGGGAGGAGGCGGAGGACUACCUGGUGCAGGGGGGCAUGAGCGACGGGCUGUACCUGCUGCGCCAGAGCCGCAAUUACCUGGGCGGCUUCGCGCUGUCCGUGGCGCACGGGAGGAAGGCGCACCACUACACCAUCGAGCGCGAGCUCAACGGCACGUACGCCAUCGCGGGCGGCAGGGCUCACGGCAGCCCCGCCGAGCUGUGCCACUACCACUCCCAGGAGUGCGACGGCCUCGUCUGCCUCCUCAAGAAGCCCUUCCACCGGCCGCCCGGCGUGCAGCCCAAGACCGGCCCGUUCGAGGACCUGAAGGAGAGCCUCAUCCGGGAGUACGUGAGGCAGACCUGGAACCUGCAGGGCCAGGCUCUGGAGCAGGCCAUUAUCAGCCAGAAACCACAGCUAGAGAAACUGAUCGCCACCACGGCCCACGAGAAGAUGCCCUGGUUCCACGGCAAAAUCUCACGGGUCGAAUCGGAGCAGAUUGUCCUGAUCGGAUCCAAGACAAAUGGAAAAUUUUUGAUCCGGGACAGGAACGACAACGGGUCUUACGCCCUGUGCCUGCUGCACGAGGGGAAGGUACUGCACUACCGCAUCGAUAAGGACAAAACGGGGAAGCUCUCCAUCCCCGACGGGAAGAAGUUCGACACGCUCUGGCAGCUAGUGGAGCAUUAUUCUUAUAAAGCAGAUGGGCUGUUAAGAGUUCUUACAGUUCCGUGUCAGAAAAUUGGCGGGCAGACAGGAAAUAUCAACUUCGGAGCCCGGGCGCCCCUCCCAGGUCCACAUCCUGCAACAUGGUCAGCGGGUGGAAUUAUCUCAAGAAUCAAAUCAUACUCCUUCCCAAAGCCUGGCCACAGAAAGGCCUCCACAUCCCAAGGGAGCCGGCCAGAGAGCGCCGUGACCUUCAAUCCGUACGAGCCGGACCGCGGGCCCUGGCCCACGGACAGAGAUGCCCAGAGAGAGGCCUUGCCCAUGGACACCGAGGUGUAUGAAAGCCCGUAUGCGGACCCCGAGGAGAUCAGGCCCAAGGAAGUCUACCUGGACCGCAAGCUGCUGACCCUGGAGGACAACGAACUGGGCUCUGGUAACUUCGGGACCGUGAAGAAGGGCUACUACCAGAUGAAAAAAGUCGUGAAAACGGUGGCUGUGAAGAUUCUGAAGAACGAGGCUAACGACCCCGCUCUUAAAGAUGAGUUAUUAGCGGAAGCCAAUGUCAUGCAGCAGCUCGAUAACCCUUACAUCGUGCGCAUGAUCGGCAUCUGUGAAGCCGAGUCCUGGAUGCUGGUGAUGGAGAUGGCGGAACUGGGUCCGCUCAACAAGUAUUUACAACAGAACAGGCACGUCAAGGAUAAGAACAUCAUAGAGCUGGUUCAUCAGGUUUCUAUGGGAAUGAAGUAUCUGGAGGAGAGCAAUUUUGUGCACAGAGAUCUGGCGGCAAGAAACGUCUUGCUGGUUACUCAACACUAUGCCAAGAUCAGUGAUUUUGGACUUUCCAAAGCGCUCCGUGCUGAUGAAAACUACUACAAGGCCCAGACCCACGGGAAGUGGCCGGUCAAGUGGUACGCCCCCGAGUGCAUCAACUACUACAAGUUCUCCAGCAAGAGUGACGUCUGGAGCUUCGGCGUGUUGAUGUGGGAGGCGUUCUCCUACGGGCAGAAGCCGUACCGGGGCAUGAAGGGAAGCGAGGUUUCGGCCAUGCUGGAGAAAGGAGAGAGAAUGGGGUGCCCCACGGGGUGUCCGAGGGAGAUGUACGAGCUGAUGAAACUGUGCUGGACGUAUGAGGUGGAGAGCAGGCCCGGAUUCGCAGCCGUGGAACUGCGUCUACGCAAUUAUUACUACGACGUGGUCAACUAACGGCCCCACGCCCUCCGUGGCCGCCUUGGGAGCAGACGAGGGGUCACAGCAAAGCCAGCCCAGUGCGUGGGUUUCGAGAGUUUGCACCUGCGUCUGCUGCCAGGGGAGCCGGCCUCGUGUGGAGCACGCCUGUGACCGUUGUCCCCAAAGCCUGUCCCAGAACACACCCUCCACAAAGCAGCCCCUGCCGGGAGAGCCCGGGCAGAAGGACAGCAGGGUCAGAGGGCCCGGGGAAGGAUCCCUUUGUGUUUCUUGUCUGCGCGGUGUGAUUUCGUGGCAGGUUCCGUUCAGGAUCUGUUUCUGCAUCAGAAGAUCUGGCAGCCUGGAGGCGUCCCGUGUGCCGUUCUCCGCGGCCAGGGGUGCGGCUGGCCUUGCCGUCUGCGGUGGAGGGAAGGGGAGCAGAGGGGAGCUGGCUGCCUCCAGAACUUGGCUCCGACCGGUCGAAGGAUGGACGGAGCCCUGCCACCGAAAAGCUGCCCUGGUGACACAAGUCCUUUGAGGCUGAAAAAACAAAAUCCAAGCAUGUAGCCAGUUAAAGGGGAUAAAAAGUUUGGAGACGGCAUUUGCUCUGUGUGAUCUCACAGAAGACGCACACCUGCGUGGACAAGGGGGCUCUCGGCACGGACCGGCUUGGCUUCCUUUCCCCUGAAACAGCCUCUCUCCCGCAUACUCUCCCAAGACCGUGCUUUCAGGGGACUAGUAAAUAAAAGUCGUGCAGGCGGUGGAGGGCCGUGAUGUCUGUCACCGCGGGCCUGAGCGAGGACAGACAGCAGGACGCCACGGGUCCUCAUCUCCUGAGUGAGGUCCGAGCUCCCCUCCGCCAGAGAGAGGGUGUCGCCAGAGUUCCCCAGCCCUUUCUGUGUUCACAGCAGGGGGGACAAGCUGGUGGCCAAGGCCCUCUAAACGCGAGCCUCCUAAGAGUGUGUUAAUUCCUAAUAAAGCCGCAGACCCUGACCCUCACCGCAAGUAUGCCUGAGUGUGACUUGGGGUUGAAGGUGCGAGACGAGGAAUUCUCUGCUAGUUCCCUAGGCGUAGUGAACCCCCGAGCAGGGCUUGGGCUUACACGAGUCACUGGCCCACAUAUACCAGGAAAGUUAGGAUUAGCUGUCAUGGGCGGGAUGACGCGGGGUGACAUCUGGACCAGAGGCCCCGGCGCUGAGCUGCGGGUACCCUUCUGGUGCCGGAGCGUGUCUGUCGCGGGGCCGCACGUGGAAGGCUCGGUGACGUGAGCUAAGUCUGGAGGGGAAGGACUACUCACCGCGCGUCUGCCCUGCCACAGGGUCACGCGCACUCCCUGUGCCUUUACCUGGGGGCUCUUGUUUAGCGGGAACAGAGGGGCCUCACGGAGGGAGGACAGACAGCCUGUUCUGGCCAGAACCAUUUGUCUGCUGACGCCGUGGACACCGCGUUCCCCCACGGCGGGACUGAGGUUUCCGGAAACGAUUACUCGUUUCUCCUCUGAGCGUGUCCCCACACGGGCUGUCACCAGCCUUGGUGGCGACUUCACUUCGUCCCCUGCCCGGCGGCCGCCGCUCCGUCUGGAUCUGCACGUGUGGAGGUGCCUGCUGGGCUCUCGGGCCCCGUCGCCCCGCAGAGCACACUCGACCGGAUCAUCAGUAUUCUUCCUCCAUCUCAAGAACUGCUUUUUGUCACUGGACUUUUUAACUGUGAUUUUUUUUUUUUAAUAAAAGUUUUAAAUUGGUUUGAUGAUUCUUUUCGUGGAUGUUACUGGAAUGUGGUAGGAUGCACUCUCAAAUAAACUGUUAAACAGCAA